GGCUGGACAGCUCCAUCUACCAAACUAGAACACGCAUCGCAAUUCCUAGGAGGACUAGGUCCUCCUCUCCUCUCCUCUCCUCCUCCUUGCGAGAACCAGCUGAUAAAGUACCCGGCAUACAUCAACAAGCCAAUCAUGGAGUGGGCUGAGUAGCAUGCAACAGCUUCACAAGAGCAAUCACGCACGCGCGCACGCACAUGCAAGAUACUACGGCGGCGGCGAAGGCGGCGGUGCCGGAGAUGGAGGAGGAGGAGGAGCGGUACGUGAAGGUGGCGUCGAGGUUUUUCCGGGUGAAGCCGCGCGGCGGUGACGCCAUGGCCCAUCUCCACUACCUCAAGUCCUGCUUCCUCUGCAAGAAGAACAUCGCCUGCAACUGCAACAUCUUCAUGUACAAGGGGGACGCGGCGUUCUGCAGCGAGGACUGCAGGGGGGAGCAGAUGGACAUGGACGAGGCGCUCCACGCGGUGGCGCGACGGCACCGCCUCCUGCGCAUGCCGUCCUCACCGGCACCGCGGGGCGAGGCGGCGACCAGGCCGCCGAUGAUGCGCCGCAGGCCGACCAUCGCCAACCUCGCGGCGCGCAAUCCUCCCGUGACCGCCAGCUAAUGCUAUUGAUCAAUGAUCAAUCCGUGUGUGCGUCGAAGCUGGAGUUGGAUCAGUGAUUCUUUGACGCGAUCAGUUGCAGUCAGGACCGGCAAUUAGAAGUACUCUAUAUAGCAAGCCAGGAGCACGUACGGAUUGCUUGGCCUAGUUGGCAUGUAAUCGUGUUCUUCUCUCAUCUGGGGAUCGGAUCUUGUUGCAUGCAUGCAUGCAUGCAUGUAUGUUUUGGUUUCCUCUGCAGCAUGAUUUCUUCUAGGAGAUGAGAUAAGACUAUGAGAGUAGAGAACUGAACUCAUGAGCAGUUGAUCCAUCACACGCUAGAGAGAGGGUAUGAGUGAGUAAUCGAAGAUGUAGCCAUCGAAGCUUUGUGGCGAUCUAUCUAUCGACAUGUACAAAUUAAAAGAUUAUCAGAAUGAGACUGCUGUCAUACGCAGUGACCAGUGAGUGUCUGAUUCCUA